AUGGCUUUGACACUCCAUUCUUCAAUUUCUUUCAUUAAUCUGAAAGAUACAAGAAGUUUAAAAACUCCCGAUGACUUCUCUGGCAUGGUUUGCUUUGCACAAUUCAAGCCAUCGUGCCGUCUCCAAGCAAAGAAUUCAACGCAAGAAGCUCAACUCUCCCAUGAGAGAACCUCAAUUUUGGAAGGGAGGAGAAAUGAGCAAAGGGAGAAGCUUCAUGGGUUAUCAUCUACUCACACGGAAAAUGAUUUGAGAGUGCCUGUCUUUGUGAUGCUACCACUCGACACCGUAUCACUUGGGGGAAAAUUGAACAAGCCACGAGUGAUGAAUGCAAGUUUGAUGGCCAUGAAAAGUGCUGGAGUUGAAGGAGUAAUGGUUGAUGCAUGGUGGGGCUUGGUGGAGAAAGAUGGACCUUUGAAAUACAACUGGGAAGGGUAUGCCGAGCUUGUAAAGAUGGUGCAGAAGCACGGCUUGAAGCUUCAAGUUGUCAUGUCUUUUCAUCAGUGUGGUGGGAAUGUUGGAGACUCCUGCAGCAUUCCUCUACCCCCAUGGGUGCUUGAAGAAAUCAGCAAGAAUCCUGACCUUGUCUACAUAGACAGAUAA